GUCAGGGAAAAGGGCAGGUCAUAAAAACGGAGAUUUAUCAAAAAUCUUGAAGGCAUUAUUAUGGUAUCUACUCGAUCCAAAAUCCCUACCUUGGUGAUAUUGAAACAUCAACUGGACACUGGGCCUAGGGACAGGGAAAAGGACAAAUCGAUUCUUGAUUUUAUGGAUAUGAAAGUGUAAAUAUUUCCCCUUGUUAUACUUGAAGAAAAACAAAGAUAUACACCAACCAUGCAUGUUCUAAAUUAACAACUACAUCUCAACACUAUUUGAUUGCAUGAGUUAUAUCUGAAUCACUGAAUAUAUUUCCCCAUCUCUUCUCCUUGUCAAGACAACGAUGGAGAUCCAAGCGCAGCAGCAGCAAACUACGUACGGGAGAAGGAGAAAUCUCCUUAAAAGCAUCUUCUCACUUUUUAAAGCUCUGGUUUCCCCCCCUUUUUUUUUCCUCUUUUUUCUACUGUUCUCAGUGGAUGCCUCAUCUGACUCUUAGAGGGCCUUUGUUUACUUGCUUCUGAAAGACUCUCACUAGUCACUACUGGCAUUCCAUCACCAUCAUCAUUCCUGGCCUUUGUUGCUUGCUUACGAGACGCAUUGGACCUUUUAACUUUAACCUUCUUGGAAGCAUAUGCACAUUGGCCAGGUCAAAUGAAUUAAGAUCGUCCAUUCGUUCAGCACAUGUUCUAGAACAGGUGCACUUUCAUCUUUAUUUUCCAGACCAUCUUCGACAUCCUCAGAUUCCUCAUCAUCAGGUGUUUCUGCUGCAGUUUGGAUCAGCUAGAUUUUCCACCAUGUCUAACAGAAACAUCUUCAUCACACAUACUGGGUGACAUUUCAUGGUGAGGCAGCUUUCCAUGAUUGUAAUCCUUCAAUAUCUGGCAGGCUGUUUAGUUUCAUCAGGUAGUCCACUCGUCACUUGACAGAACAUACCCACAAGAAGCACAAUAAGUUCUCAUAAGUUGAGGUGCCAGUGGCGGCCUGGAUUGUGGCUCAUAUGGUUUCAGUUUUGGUAGUUUAAUCUUGUAGUCAUCCUCAAUUACAUGCCUCGGCAUUUGAUUGGCUAUACAACCAAAUGUAAAUAUCAGGGCUAGAACUUGUAUCCCUAAUCACAACAAAUAGACAUCAAAGAAACAA